AUGAAUCUGUACAGGCGUAGCUCCCGUCUGGCGUCCCUUCGCGAGUCUGAUGUUCGCCAGCAGCUUGCUUCGGUGAAUGUCACUCCCGCGCCGGGCCUGGGUGCCGAUCAGAUCCUGGAGCUUGUCGGCCUCGCUGGUUUCCGGGACGAGGGUUCCCCCGUGCCUGCCGCUUCUGCUCCCUAUGCCCCCGCGGCUCGCGGUCGGAAGCGCAAGUCGAAGUCCUGCUCCAGAGCUCCUCCUGGAAAGCGCACGGCUCCUCGCUCGGCAUCGUCUCCUCCUCCCUCCUCUCGGCCGGAUUUGGCGGCGUCUCUGCAGGCGCUUUCCUCCUUGCUGCAGUCCAUAGAUUGCCGCCUUCGCGUGUUGGAGGGUUCUGCGCUUCCGGCUUCUCGGCCUGCUGACGUCAGCCCCGACGCGUUGGCGGUUCCCGGAACCUCCUCCUUCUCGCUGUCUACUGCUGUUCCUGCUCCAUCCAUGGCUCAUGCGUAUGUCCCGCUGGCGGCUAAUGUCUCUCCUCGCCUGCGCUCCAGGAUCCUUCAGGGUAAAGAUGUGAACUUAGUUUCCCUGCUGCUGCCUUCCCCUGACGGCGUUCUGGGCGUGUCGAACGACGCUUCUUCCGCUGGGGCUUCGAAGCAUGCUGACCCUCGGCUCUCUCGGGUUUUGUCCAUCGGAGAGUUUUUGGUUGCCUUUGGAAUUUUCAGGGACGUGGUUUGCUCCGUGUAUCCCGAUCGGCGUUCGGAGCUGGACGGCUACCUGGCGCUGAUUGGGGAUCUUAACCUCAAAUAUGGACAUUCGCUGUUUUAUCAGUAUCACAGGUCUUUUUCGGGCAAAGCGGCCUUUUUUCUGGCUCAACAUAACAUUCGCCUGGACUGGUCGGUUCUGGAUACCGAACUGCUCGUGAUGCUGGCAGGGGGGGUCAAGGCUGUUUCCUGCGCCUCCUGCGGUGAUAUUGGGCACGACCAGUCGCUCUGUCCCUUCCCGAUUCAGGCCCCUGCUGCGUCUGUUCCUCCCUCUCUCCCUUCUGCUUCUGUUACUCCGGAUAGGCGUGGCCGCCAGCAAUUGUCGCGACGCUCAUCCGAGAUCGGUUUGUCCCAGGAUCCGGUUUCGCCCGAGGACCUCUGCACGACUGGCUUCGAGAGACACUCGGGACUUUGGUUCCAAACCCUCCUGAAGUUUCACCCCUCCACGGCUGUGGACGUGAAGGCCCUGGCUUCGGCCUUGUCCCUUCACCCGGACUCUUCGUUUGUCGAUCAUCUUCUCACGGGUUUGUCUCAGGGUUUUCGUGUUGGCGUUGCUGGUGGUUUGUCCUCAUCCUACGUUUGUCGCAAUUUGCUGUCCGCUAAUAAAGAUCCACUCGUGGUGUCUGCACUUCUGGCUGCUGAAUGCAAAAAGGGUUAUUUAAUCGGACCUUUCACUUCCCCCCCUUUUUCUCUCUUUCGCGUUAGCCCCAUCGGCGUAGCCGCCCGUAAGUACUCGGGUAAGAAGCGUUUGAUUUUCGAUUUGUCUGCCCCUCAUUCUGGCCCCGUCCCUAGCAUUAACAGUCUCAUUCCUGCUGUGCCCUUCUCCCUGCAUUAUGCCUCUGUUGAUGAUGCAAUUGCGUUGAUAAAGCUCGCUGGCCGUGGUGCCUGGUUGUCUAAGGCUGACAUUGCUGAUGCCUUCAAAUUGCUCCCCAUUCACCCCUCUCAGUGGCACCUGUUUGGCGUUAGGUGGGAUUCUCGGUUCUAUUUCGCUGUUCGCCUCACAUUCGGCUGUAGGAGUAGCCCGGCCAUUUUCGAUCUCUUCGCUAAUGCUCUGUGUUGGAUUUUGCUGAACCGCGUGGGGCUCCCCUCUGUUCUGCACCUUCUGGAUGAUUUUCUGUUAAUUGAUCCCCCUGCCGACGGUUCCGGCUCGUCUCUGGCUAAGUUGAGAAUGUCUUUCGGUUCCCUGGGCGUUCCCCUGUCUGCUGCUAAGACCGUUGGUCCAGCCACCUCCCUGGAAUUUUUGGGCAUCGUUCUCGAUACAGUCGAAAUGAAGGCUUUCCUCCCUCUAGAUAAGCUUCAACGCAUUCGGGAAGUUGUAGGGGAGUUCCUCAGUUCUCCGUCCUUCUCUAAGCGUCAGCUCCUGUCUCUCUUGGGCCAUUUAAAUUUUGCGAUGAGAGUUAUUCCUCAGGGUAGGUCUUUCAUUUCUCGUCUUCUCGAGUUGGCUUCCUCUGUUCCUGCUCUAUCGGAUCAGGUUUUCCUGGAUGCUGGGUGCCGUUCUGACCUGGCUUUUUGGUCUGCGUUUUUGAAAGUUUGGAAUGGCGUGUCUUUCUUCUACGAUGAUGUUGCUUUCUCCUCUGACUCUCUGCGUUUUUUUACCGACGCUGCUCCUUCCGUAGGUUUUGGGGGGUUUUUUCAAGGGGAAUGGUUCGCUGAACGUUGGCCUGUUGAGUUUGAGGAUAUCAGUCUGUGUUCUGCGCUCUUUGAACUGUAUCCCAUAGUGGUGGCUUGCCACCUCUGGGGCAACAAAUGGGCUCGAAAACGGAUCACUGUCCUCAGCGACAGCGAAGCAGCAGUGCACAUAAUAAACAAAGGUCGAUCCGAUUCCCUAAACAUCAUGCCCUUCGUGCGCCGCCUAACAUGGCUUUCCAUCACGCAUAAUUUUGUUCUCACUGCACGUCACAUUCCUGGGCAUAGUAAUCUCAUAGCCGACUCUCUCUCUCGCUUUAACUUCCAGGCUUUCAAGAACCUUUGUCCAGAGGCUCAUCCUUCCCCACUGGCAGUUCCCCCUUUCAAAUCUCUGAUCCUAAAUUGACCACUGCUCCACUGUCCUCCCUCAUCCACUCCGCAAAACGUUAUAUGCAAAAAGGUCUUUCCCACUCUACACUGAGGUCGUAUGAAUAUGCCUGGAAAUCAUUUGCACUAUUUUGUUUUUCCCUUCGUGUCCCCCUGUAUCCUAUAUUAAUUUCUACUAUUUGUGCCUUCAUUUGUCAUUGCAAAGAUGUAAAAAACCAUAAAAUAUCGGUCAUUCGCAGCACUCUAGCAGGCGUGCAGUUUGUUGCCAGAUGUUCUAAUCCGGAUAUGUCGAGCUUCUUCUCCAAUCCCUCUAUCAAAUUGUUACUAAAAGGCAUUGCUAAAUCCUCUCCGCCAGGCAAAGAUUCACGCAAACCCAUCACUCUUUCCAUUUUGCACUCCAUGAUUAAUGUUCUUCGCAAAGGCAAGUUUGGUCUAUAUCAUGACGCACUUCUAGAAACUGUGUUUUUAUUGGCUUUUUAUGGUUUUCUGAGAAGCGGAGAGUUUACAUGUAAUUCCGCAUUUGAUCCUGAUUCAGAUAUCUGUUUUUCUGAUCUAACCUUUCACCCUCAAUUUUAUAAUCUGUUUCUAAAAAGCACAAAGGCUCAAAAAGGUUGUUCCAUUAUCGUAGCAAGGGUUGAUUCUAGUUUUUGUCCUUAUCGCGGCAUGUUAUCUUAUCUAAAACUAAGAAAAUGCCCUUCACCUCUUUCACCUCUUUUCCUCAUCUCUGCUAACUCCCCUCUAACAAAAUCCUGGUUCAUAAGUCACAUGAAGAACGUUCUAGCGGACAUCGGCCUCGAUCCAGAACACUACUCGGGGCACUCCUUUCGCAUCGGUGCAGCUACAACAGCUGCCACUCAAGGCAUCUCUUCAGCCUCCCUUCAACAACUGGGGCGAUGGUCCUCAGCUGCCUAUGCAACAUACAUACGUCCAAAUCACGAGGCCAUCCUCACAGCUCAGAAGUCCUUCAAACCUUAACAUCUGGUAAGUUUCAAAUAGCUGAUGGUGGUACUUCAUCGUGUACAUAAAUCAGAUAAUACACAUGUUUCCCUUAACAGCCUUUAGUUUCUUUCAGAUGCAGUUCACGGUUGCAGACUUUGUAGCUUCACAAGCCCGGUCCCGGGUGCAUCCAGCUCUAAGCAUCACAAGCCCGGUCGCGGGCCCACUAGCUCACAAGCCCGGUCGCGGGUGCAUCCAGCUUUAAGCAUCACAAGCCCGAUUGCGGGCGCACUAGCUCACAAGCCCAGUCGCGGGCACACACACAGUUGCAGUCAUCAGGGCCCAAGUAGAUGCAAUGGUUGUUUAUAAAUACUAUUCUAUCGAUUCAUGUAAAAUUGUAAUUUACUGCAUUGAUUAAAUCCUAUGUAUGAUUUUCUUUCCACCGGUUCCUUCAGGAAGAUUCACCUGAGGUAAGUCUUCCUAAUAUUUUUGGGGGAUCUCUUCACUUGGUCAAAGAUCAUCAUAUCAAGCAGAUUUCUACAGCCCAGAGCCCAAUCGCCAAAAAGACUUAUUCAUGCAGCCUGUUAAAUCAUCACAAUUA